AUGAAUAAUUGUUUUCCCACUAAUACUAGCAUUUAUGGCACUGAGGCAUGGUUGUUCCGUAUCGAUAUAAAAUUUAAAAAUAUUCAAAAUCAUAUAAUAGAAAAAACGACUUUCCUCAAAAAUGAAAACAAUAAAUUAAAUUUCAGAAAAACUUGCAGAGAUCUGGCUGAUUAUUUAAUUAAUGAAAAGAAAGAUCCACCACCUUAUAAAACACAGAGUAAAUGGGAAUUUGCACUAAAGUACUGGUUACAACAGUACUACAAAGGACUGAACAAAUAUGGAGGAUGUUUUAUGAUUUUAAAUGAAGAAGAUAAAAAAGUUUUAGAUUUAAUAUAUGAAGCAGAAGAUUUCUGUUCUGAAAAAAAGGGAAAAAAACCAAAUUGCAUUAAUACUGACGAACGUAAUAACAAGAAAUGUGAUAGUUCAUGUUUAAGUAAAAUUCAGGCUUACAAUGCAUGGGUUAAUAAUAGAAAGAUGUAUUUUAAGAAAAACGAAGAUCUAAUUAAUAGAAAAUGCAAAAGUAUAAAUUCAUUAUUACCAUUUCCAAAACGAUCUUGCGACGUUCUUAAUGAUAAAACACUUGAAGCACUUCCUGAAUGCGAGCUCUCGGACCCUUCUAUAGAUCAUACAACUGUACAACAAAAUAAAGAGCAACAUCCAGAUGUAUCUCAUGAUUUAACUAUACGUCAAGAUCAAGAUUCAUUAAAAUCUUCUUUGCAAACACAAAAUUUAAGUACACAACAAUCUGAAUCUGCACCAGAUCAUCAAGCAGAAGAUAAAAAAUCAUUAUCUGGAACACCAAAUAUGAAAAAUCAAGCUGAUGUUGCAGAAUCACUACAAACCGAAACUUCAAGUAUUCCUAAAAAUUCCGACAUUUUAUCUUCAGAAACAUCGACAGAAUCAUUAUCAGCUGCUUCAGAUACUGAAACCGUAAUGUUACCCCAUGGUCAAGGAAUUAUUCCAUUAUUUCCUGAAACAUUAGAACCUGUCUCUAGCACCUUUAUUUCCCCUGCACUUAAUAAAACACCAGGAUUAUUAAAAAAAAAAAAAAGCAUAAAAAGAAGACAAGUAAAAUUACUUCGAGUACUAAUACCUUCACAUUCUAACAGAAAAAAAAAUUUUUUAACGCAUGAUCAUCCAGAAAAUACAAUAUAUGAUGAGAAACAAAUUAUAAAAAAAUUAAAAAUACAUGAACAUGAUAUGAUAAAAAAUAUAAAGUCGUCAAAGCAAAAAAAGGAUAGAUUUAAAACCAUUAUAGAAGUACAUAUGGAAGUACUCGAAGAAUUCAAAAAUGAAGAAUGGGAACACAAAAAAGGAGAAUUUUUAGAGUUAUGCCUAGAAGUGUUUGCAGAAGAGGAAUAUAGAACAUAUCCUAAUUUGAGUAAUGGAGAACUGAUAAUGGCAAAUACUAGAAGUAUUAAUGACAUUGAAAAACAAAAAAUUUUAUGUAAUAAAUGGAUAAAAGAACAUCGAAAUAUUUCUGAAAAAUUAAAAAAAACAGUAUGGUUUAAUUAUUUGAAAAAUGAAUGGAAAAAAGAAAAAGCUUCCAUAAAAGAAACUGAAGAAUUAAAAAUGAAUUUUUCAAUUGAAAUUCAAAAAAUUUCAUUUUCAGAAAAAGAAAAGAAUUUAUGGAGAGAGUGGAUAUCAAAAAAUCGUAUGAUUAUAGAUCGAUACAUGGAACAGGAAUGGGAUGAAGUAUUGACACAAGAAUUGCUCAAUAUGAUAGAUGAGUGUGUAAAUGAAGAAUUUAAAAAUAAUAUUUCACUUCUAAAUACAAAAGAGUUACAGCAGAAGGUAAGUUAUGAAGAAUUAUAUAAAUAUAUAAAAAAAAAAUUACUAGCAAAAUUUUGUAUACUAGUAUUCAUGAUGGUAUUGGAAGAAUGCAAAAAAGAAGAUUUUAUAGAAAAUGAGGGAUUACAUUUGGAUAGUUACAUAAAUGACUGCACAACAGAAGUAAACUUAGGGAGGAAAUCAGAUGUUACAAAAGAAAUAAUUGAAUUUAAUGGCAAUGUUUUAGAAAAUACAGAAAAUACAAAAAUUCCUGCUUAUACAGGGGAGGAAGGUCUUAGACAGGAAAUAGAAGAAUGGAUAAAAGAAGAUGAUACAGGGGCGAAUUUCAUAUAUAAUAACAGUGUAGAAUAA